UUUCGCAAUAAAUUUAUUCAAGUGGAUUCGCCGUAUUUUAUUGUGAAGAAACGAUACAAAAACUCUUCAUAAUUUGGUCCUUCGAGAGCCGGUGCAAGCGUUCCAGUGCGGAAUUUCAUCGCGAGUUAACAAAAAUUAAAAUUUUCGGCGGGCGGCGGUGGCAGGACGUUAUACAUUUCGUCAAGAUUUCGUCUUGAAUCCGACCGACUACGCUGCGAGAACGAGUCCAAAAGAAUACGAACCAAGAAACCGUGAGUGCAUACGCAAAUAUACUCAGAGGAAGUGCAAGAAGAUAUCCAGUGAGCUGCAAAUUAUUAUUAUUAGCUUCACUGCAAGAAUUCUAGAAACAUCUUUUUUUGCUACCUAUCGGAAAUCGGUAAGCUGAAACGAAACGCAAGAACUAGCAAUAGUAACACUACACGAUCGAAAAGUGAGUUCGGGGUGAGUUUCGAUCUCACUCGCUCCACAAGCUUCAUCGCAGGAGUGAGCGGGACGCAAGAUCAUCGGCCUUCGGACAUCUCGUUCGAUACGAAAAAUCGUUCGCGUGUAUUGUUUAUGGUUUUAUUUUUUUUAUAGCGUAGCGUUGUUCGUUCUUUUUCAUAUUUUAUCCGCCAUUACGUUUGUACAUUUUACAUUCAACGAAAAAAUAAUUGUUUGUAACGAAAUUACUAACGUAGCGAUAUAUUUACAAGUAAAAAUAAGUUUAAAGUUUUGUAAACAUGGCAGAGGAGAAGGAGAAAGAGAAAUUAAGCACACUUGUUGCCAAACGUGGAUACAUAAAAGGUACGCUUACACGAAUUCAUAAAUUUGUUACUGAUUCCCAUGAAUUGUCUGUUGUAUCUUCGAAAUCACAAUUAGAAGCCAAACUAAAUCAUUUAGUAAACACAUUUACUCAGUACGAAAACCUCAAUUGCCAAAUUUCAGUUCUCAACCAAAAUGAUAUCGAGGAUUUUGGAAAAGUCGAGGAAAUAUUUUACUUUUCCAAGGCCAUGUUACUUGACGCAAUUGAAAAACGCAACAAGAACGACUCCUCUUCUACUCCUCCGCCAAGUACAUCCAGCGUAAACGACAGGAAACUCAAACUUCCUGCAAUAAACAUAGAAAUAUUUGAUGGUAAGUCCUGUGCAAAAUAUGUAACAUUCAUAAACCUAUUUAACUCGUUAAUUGAUAGUGAUACUAAGCUAGAUAACAUACAGAAGCUUCAUUAUCUCAGAACAUAUUUAAAAGACGAAGCAUUUAACAUCAUAAGUGAACUACCGUUGACGCAAACCAGUUACUUGGAAGCCCUCAGGUUAUUAAAAGAACGCUAUUAUAACAGGCACAAAAUUAUCAAUGAACAUGUGUCAUUAUUGUUAGAUUUGCCCACGUUAGGGAGGGGUAGCAAUGUUAGAGAUUUUGUAUCACAAAUUAAACAGACGCUCGCAGCUUUGAAAAACUUAAACAUUAACGUUGAGUCAUGGGAUCCUAUCCUAACUAUUAUUUUAUUACGCAAAUUAGAUGGAUUCACAUCCCGCGCCUUCCAACUCGAAAGGGAGAUUGGGAAGGAGCCAACAGUUGCCGAAUUGUUAGCAUUCCUCGAGAAACGAGCUCUAGCUGCAGAAAAUUCUCCGGCAACUGCAAGCAAUUGGAAGCCUGCUUCAAGACUGGCAGUCAACAUAGCAGUCCAGGGAUCAUCCUGCAAGAAAUGUGCUCCUGCCAUCUACUCCGACGACGAGCACACAGCCGCCGAGCCAGCCCUCGUACCAGCCAUCGAGGCAGCCGUUGUGUCAGCCGCUGAACCAGCCAUCGUGCCAGCCGCCGCCGAGCCAAUCGCAGCAGCAUGAGCAAAAAGAUUCAGCCUUACCUAUAAUUACUAACACCAGGUUUGGUCAUAUAGUGGGGGGUGCUUUACCAAUAUUCAACAAGAGUAAAAACAAUGCUAAUUGCAAUAUAAUAUCAUUGCAUUGUCACACAUGCGAUAACGAUAUCAGUGAGCUAAAUGAAAAUAUAAAAAACUUCUGGAAAUUAGAGGAUGUUCCCCAAAUACUAAGUGACAAAUGCAGUGAAUCAGAGCAAGCUGAAUUAAUUUUUUCUAACUCUGUAAAACUUGAAAAUAAUAAGUUUCAAGUUGAUAUUCCAUUAAAAGUAAACCUUAAUGAGGUCAAUCACACCUUAGGUAGCUCUUUUGAUCUUGCAUUAUUUAGAUUUCUUAGCUUAGAAAAAAGGCUACACAAAAAUAUUAAUUUACUAACUCAAUAUCAAAAUUUCAUUGAUGAAUACAUUGACUUAGGCCAAGCGCACUAUGUUGAUAUUAAUUCAUACGAUUUUUCUAAAGACCCUGUAUAUUUUCUCCCUCACCACCCAGUGGUAAAUGAGGCAAGCAAGAGUACACCCAUGAGAGUAGUUUUCAAUGGCUCCAUGCGAACAAAUAAAGGUGUAUCAUUAAAUGACAUACAGCUUAAUGGGCCUAAAGUUCAGCGUGAUCUUUUUGACAUAUUAAUGUUGUUUAGAUUUGGAGAAUACAUGGUUACUACAGACAUCAGGCGCAUGUUUAGGAACAUUAAUAUAAAUCCUGCACAUAAACCACUUCAAAACAUACUGUGGCGAAAUAACUUGCAUGAGGAAAUUCGGUGUAUAUGCUUAGAUACUGUUACUUACGGUUUAAAAAGCUCGAGCUAUCUCGCGACACGGUGCUUACUUGAGUUAGCUAAUAGGUUUGAGCAUGAACUCCCUCUAGCUUCUUUUGUUAUUAGAAACUGUACAUAUAUAGAUGAUGUGCUAUAUAGCAAUUCAAACUUAGAUAUUUUAAUUGAAACCAAAAGACAGUUGUGUGCAAUGUUAAAGUAUGGAAGCUUAGAAGCUCAUAAGUGGUCUUCAAAUCAAGCCAGUGUUCUGUCAGAUAUACCAAUUGAAAAACAACAUUUUGAUAGUUUAGAUUUUGAACAAGAUUGUAAUUUUAAUAUGAAAACUUUAGGUUUGCAAAUGAACUUGAAACAAGAUUCUUUCACUAUUUCAAGUCCUGAUAAUUCGUCAUCAGAAAAUAUCACAAAAAGCACGGUCUUAAGUUGUAUCGCGCGGUUCUAUGAUCCCCUAGGUUUUGCUAGUCCGAUUAUAAUUAAGGCUAAGGCUAUUAUGCAAAGAUUAUGGGAAGACAAGUUAGAUUGGAAUGCUCCUGCACCCAAAGAAAUUGUUCAUGACUGGCUACAAUUUUCUAACAACUUAGCUAGCAUGCAACCUAUUCAUUUAGAUAGAAAUAUACCAAUACCAGAGACAGCUGUUGCAGUACAACUCAUUGGGUUCGCCGAUGCGUCCUCCACUACUGGCUACGGGUGCUGUCUAUACUUACGUGUGGUGGACACAACAGGUAAUGCAAAACUUUUCUUACUCUGCUCCAAGUCACGAAUAAACCCACGCGCAAAGCCACUCACCGUCCCCAGGCUCGAACUGCAUGCAGCACUGUUGUUGGCGAAGCUUGUUUCUAAGGUAUAUGAUACACUUCAUAUAAAAAUAAAAAUUGACAAUGUUUAUC